UUCCACUUAAACUCAAAUCUAAGCUAACUAACAAAAGCAACAAAUCUUCAGCUAAAACCAUAACUAAGACUUUUGUGGGGAAAACAAAAAAUUCUAAAACCCUAAUUUCAAUUAUAUAUCCUCUUUCAUUAUCCAUCCCACUCCAUCGCCUCUGUUUCGUUGAGAGAAUAGAGACAACAAAAACAGAGGAUCCUUUCGUGUUAGGCACCGCCAAUUCUGUUUCCAGUUUCAAUAUGGCCAAAAUCUCCUUCAAGCUUCAACAUCCUUUGGAGAGAAGGCAAGGUGAAGCUUCUCGAAUUCGAGAGAAGUAUCCUGAUAGAAUACCUGUGAUUGUGGAGAAAGCUGACAGAAGUGAUAUUCCGGAGAUUGAUAAGAAGAAAUACCUUGUCCCAGCUGAUUUAACUGUCGGUCAGUUUGUCUACGUUGUCCGCAAAAGAAUGAUGCUCGGUGCUGAGAAGGCUAUUUUCGUUUUUGUCAAUAACACACUACCUCCAACUGCUUCAUUGAUGUCUGCUAUUUAUGAGGAACAUAAGGAUCAGGAUGGAUUUCUUUACAUGACUUAUAGUGGGGAGAACACCUUUGGAUCUUGCUAAGCGAAAUUUAUGAUGACCUCGGUAAAUAGUUUCUGCAAGAUGUAAAUUAUUUGCAGCUAAUCAUCAGUACAAAGUCCUUUGAGUAAUUUCUUUUUGGUGGUAUAUUGAGCAAUGUUAUCUUACACCUUAUUUUAAAUUAUGAAUUUCAAUGGAUGAAUUUAAUAUUGAUUACUACACUUUCUUUUUAA